AGGCAAGUCACCUGUGAUUAACCUCUGCGAUUUCAAAGCGAUUUUCUACCUUUUCAAUGGAUUUCUACCCACGGACAAUUCACCAGAGUGGAUCCUGGUUUGGGCCUGAACAUCCGGCUCUUUCUCAGAGAAUCCUGCCCUGUGUCAACACUGGUGAAGCCCUCAUAUACUCUGCACCGCCCUCGACUGCCACAUCUGUGCCCACCUACCCAUAUGUGUCAGGGUUGGGCUUUCCAGCUGGUAAGAAGUUUGUUUCUUGCCCUCCCUAUAUUCUCACCCAUAGAAGUUUAUAUUCUAAUCAGGGUGUGCGCAGUGUUACGGCCAAUGUCCUGCUCACUUCAGUGCCUCAAAAGGAAGUGGAGACCAUCACGUUUGUGGGCAACUUUCCCCUCCAGCCCACCAGUGUCGAGAGCAGCCAUCUUUUUCCCACCAGACUUGCUGCGGCGGCUCCAGUGAGGAAGGAGAGCUUGACAUUUGUGGGGAACUUCACCCACUCUCCAGACGUCACCCAGGACCAAUUUAUCGCCCUGCUGAAUUCAGCUGAGGCCCCCGUCUCAGGGAAUGCAGCCAGCCAUGGUGCUACAUCCACCCAGAAGACACUGCUCAAUCCCACUAUGCCCCUUAGCAGCAAUAGUGGGAUUAUGAAACACAACCACCCAUCCACAACUAUACUGAGAGACCAGAUGCCUUGCUCUGGCUACGUAGCUCAUGGACUACCUACUAACACCAAGAGCUCUGCAGUCCACUACACCACCAGGGAGGCGUACGUGAAGAUGCUGGAGUACCACCGGCACAUGGCCUCCUACUACAAGCAGCUCAAGCUGAAGGCUGAGCACUCCUCACAGGUGGAGGGCUCCGUUUGCCCUCAGCUCCAGAGGAAGAGAGGAGGCGUGUCUGGUGGGAGCUGGGAGGAGCCUCCGCAGAAGAGAUGUUGGGACGAUGGAACAGGGGGCAUUAUUCUUCCUGACGAUGCCAUCGAGAAACUUGAUGCCAUCCCAGGCGUCUGGGAUCUGGCCAUGGAAAUGGGCUUUCUGACAGUCUGCAAAGCAGAUGAUUGAAAGGACUUUCAGAUAAUCAUAGUGCUAUUGUUUCAUAAUUAUUUUUUUUUUAUCAUAUUUUUGCAAUUAUACCAUUA